CCCAAUUCCCAACUCCCAAUCAACAAUCAAGACUCACUAACAAUACAGCUAAAUCGCAUAAACUAAAUUGUUUGUUUGUAAUUUUUUCACUGUAGGAACUGUCAAAUAUUAAUUCACAAAAAUGAUCAAAGAGGACGAUGAGAAUGAAGAGGAUUCGCUAGUUAAUGCUUGCCUGAUGGUGGAGGAUACCAAUGAAUUGUCUGAUAGCAAUUCAAAUAAGUGCGAGCUGUGCCAUCAGUUUAUGCCGUCGCAAGAUCUGCGCUCUCUUCAUUAUGUCCUCAAUCAUGGCUGCAAGAUCUGCAGUGUGUGCUCUCAGGUUUCCAUCACAUUGAACUCAUUCAAGAUUCACGUCAGGUCCAAUCAUUCCCAAUUCUUGUGUGAUCUAUGUGAUAGGCCUAUUGUGUUCUCAACACACGGCGAACUAUUGAAACACAGAAACAAUAUUCAUUUGUUAUUCAAGUGCCCAUUGUGCAUCUUCGAAUUCUUCAGCGAAAGCCAUGUUGAAUCUCAUCUUCUAAGGUUUCAUCGAAUCUGCGUGCCAAAAUUUUUGUCUGCGAAUAACUAUGUAUACGAGUGGUACGAUUCAACUGAAACGUACUAUUGUAACAUGUGUGGGGCCAACAAGUGUAAAGUUGAUGUUUUCUCCCAUUUCAUACAGCACCAUCAGAUCUCAUUGUUACCAUUAGCCCAAAAAUUUAUGUCUCAGAAUCUGAACAUAAGAGUUAUUGGCGUCGACUCAGAAAUUGAUUCCCAAGCUAAGCAUAAUGUUACCAUUUGUAAAGGAUGUUCAGGACAUGUUUCGGAAGAAGUUCCUCUCUCUGCACACAACUUUAUUUGCCUUGGAGAAGUAUUGUGCAAAAUAUGUUUGCAGCCACAAAGUAACCAGUUUACCAGGAACUCGCACAUUAAUGAAGAACACACACAUUAUCCUUGUGCUUUGGGGUGCUCCGACACAAUCGUAUUCGACAAUGAAGAAAAACUCCAUGAUCAUUGUCGCAAAGUUCAUAAUGUUAUGCCAUGCCACCUAUGUACAUGUUUUGUAAGUUGUGCAGAAGGGUUGAUGAAGCAGCAUCUGCAGAUGUGCCAUUCAUACUACCGUUCCGAUGAGAUCUCACUUAGUGACUCUCUAUUCAAUGUACAUUGUGGCAAUACGACGAUUGGCCUCAUUUGCAGCCUUUGCGACUUCGAUGCUGUUAUACAAAUCACUAGUGUCGAAGAUCUAUUCAAACAUCUAAAUUUUCAUUCAGUUUCUCUCGGAGCGGUUUCUCAUUUUCUCGAGAAAGAUAAUUUACACGAGAGUUUGCAUAUGAGACUAAGCGCAUUGAGGAACAUAGAUAAGUAUUUUCAGAAAUCAGCUUCAGAUACUAAUGGUUCACAGCAGACUGACAAUAAUUCUUGUCAUGGAUCCUAUCCAGAAGAUGAUAAUCCUUCAUCCGGGAAUACGGAAAUAAUUUUUCUUAGCAAUUCAGAAUCCGAAUGUUCACGCACAAAGAACUCACAAGUAGAUUACAGUCAGUCUGACGAGUCAAAAAUUCACUCUGUUGAAGAACCAAUUACAGUCAUUGGACCAUCCUCAAAUCACACUCUAUCCAAUGGAUUUGAUAUAAAAAAUCCAAACAAUCCUGUAAAUAAUGUUGCCGAUAUUGUAAACACUCCUGAAACUGAAAAAGGCCCAAUUUGUUUAGAAUCGGUAGGAGAAGAUCCAGAUACUUCAAAAACUGAAUCCUUAGCCAGAUGCUUGGAGAAUGAUAAGACACUCAAGCUGAAAGAUGAAGUAAAUACUCUUGAGUAUGAACAAGAAGGGGAUGAGAUGGUAAGCAGUACGGGAGAUAUCAACAGCAACAAGAAAUUAACUAACUAUGUCAAUGAAGCUGAUAUGAACAUAGAGCUUGUUGGAAAUAAGGAUCCCAGCAGUGAUGAUGCAGAGAUGAUGGCGGAUAAUUGUGAUGGCAACGAUGAUAUGAAAUUGAAAAUGGAGCUUGUCGGUAAUGGAAAUGCCAACGAUAAUGCUGAGAUGUUGGAGGAUGAUUAUGAUGGCAACGAUGAUAUAGAAUUGAACAUGGAGCUUGUUGGUACUGAAAAUCCCAACGAUAAUGCCGAGAUGUUAGAGGAUUAUUAUGAUGGCAACGAUGAUAUAGAAUUGAACAUGGAGCUUGUUGGUACUGAAAAUCCCAACGAUAAUGCCGAGAUGUUAGAGGAUUAUUAUGAUCCGGACGAUGAUGUGGAAUUACAAAAAGCAAGCGCCGUGUUUCAGAAGAAAGUUCGUUUGGCUUUAUUGAACGUAAAACCAGAUGUUAAUCCACGUGACGUUGAAUGUGUUGUGACCGAUACAAGUGAUAUUGAGGAGUCUGAAAGUGAGGAUGUUGGUGCACGUCGUACCAAGUCAAAGUUUAGAAGUUUACCUGGAUUGAAUCGGAUUGGCCAAAAAGGGUUUCGUUGCGAAAUUUGCCGUGGCAAAUUCAAGUCUGAUGAAGGAAUGAGAGAACUUGUAAAACAUAUGAGAUGCUUGCAUGGAUUCUCUUGCAAUUUCACUGGUGCUCAACGGAACGUUGCUUUCACCUUCAACAAAGGAAAACCUGGGCAGAGGCUCAGAAUGCAACCUGGUUUAGUUUGUCCCAUUUGUUCGAAAGGAUGGAAUUCAAAGCGAUUAUUGAGAAAGCAUUAUGCUACCGUUCAUGGCCACGACUUGGCCAAAGACGCAACAUCAGGACCGCUGUCUUAUAAGUGCCGUUUUUGUGAACAAACAUUCUGGGAAGCCAUUGAAUGCUUCACUCAUGAAAAAGAGGAACACCCGGAACAAAAACCAUUCAAAUGUCACAUUUGCGGACAUGCUCAACUUAGAAAAGUAAUGCUCAACAGACACUUGAAACUUGCUCAUCCGUCGGAAAAUCUGCACACGUACUUAUCUUACAAAUGCAAGCUAUGUUUGAAAUUGUUUACCAGCUACGAGAUGCUAGCAACUCAUGUACAUCAAAUUCACCCUUUGAACAGAGUCUAUCCGUGUGCACACUGCAACCGCACUCAUCAAAACAAGCGUUUUCUGGUGGCCCAUAUGAAACGCGACCACCAGUUCAGACCGUUCCAGUGUCGGCACUGUGGCGAGGUCAAGCAGAGCAAGCGUGCUCUCAGCAUUCACCAGCGCAUGAAGCAUGAUUCUAAAUUCAAAUUUCCCUGCAAAUGCCGUAUUUGCGAUAAAAAGUUCGACUCAGUUGCACUAAGGGAUGUGCAUCUGAAAGAAGAACACACCAACAGUAAUGAGUACCGUUGUGAAGAAUGUGACAAAGUUUUCUCUUCUAGAUCAGCUUAUUAUGCACACAAGCGAACCCAUCGACUCUCAAUUGAUGCCUACAAGUGUCAGCACUGCCAGAGAAAGUUCCUGAGACGAGACGCUUAUGUUGAACACUUGCGAAUUCACACGACUAUUCGGCACAAAUGCCCCCAAUGUGAUAAACAAUUUGUGCAGAGGUCCAAUAUGAUACGUCAUAUGAGGAUGCAUUCAGAAACUGAACAACCACAUUAAAACACACACCGGUGUCGGACUUGUUUCUUGCGACAUUUGUGGAAAGUCUUUCACCAGCAAUUAUGCAUUGAAACAACAUCUAAAAACUCAUGAGUCCCAGGUUGUGUGUGAAGAAUGUGGAGAGCGUUUUAAUAAUGCCGACCAACUUAACCGCCAUAUUGAAUCUACACACGAGCCCGCUCAACGUUUCUUAUGUCAGUUAUGCUGCAAAACUUUCAUUAAGGAAUCCGCAGCAAAGAACCAUUUGCGUUCCCAUACAACUCGCAAAUCUCUGAUAUGUGAAUUGUGUGUGAAAAAAUUUACCACCAUAAAUUCACUCAAGCAACAUCUGAUAAAUAUUCACAAGAUGAAUAGAUAUGAUGCUAUUUUCAAAAGCAUGGUCGCCAAGGUAUCAGCUGAGUGUGAUAGGUUGCAAGCCAAUCAACAAGACUUUAAUGAUGUGAUGGUACGCGUUCCUCUUAGUCAAUUAUUGGAAGAAGAAGAUGUCGAAGAGAACAAAAUGAAGAAUAGUAGUGUUGAAGAUGAAACCAAAGAUAGUGUGUCGGGAAGCCAAGGUAAUGUUGAAGAUGAAACCAAAGAUAGUGUGUCGGGAAGCCAAGGUAAUGUUGAAGAUGAAACCAAAGAUAGUGUGUCGAGGCCCUCGAAAAUCUUCAAAUCGGAUUAUUCUGAUUCAACAGAUUCAUCAAAAUCGACAGAUUCGUCAGAAUCUUCGCUUUCGACAGAAUCAUCGACUUCAGAAUCAUGGAAUUCAGAUAAUGCAUCAGGUGAAUCUGUUGAUCCAGAAUCAUCCGACUCUUCUGAUCAUGAAGAUUCACCUCCAUUAGAUUCUGAUUAUGCAUCUGAAUCGUUUGAUUCCGAUAACUGAAAUCAUCACAAUAUUAUGUAUUCAGCUGCCCUAGUCUAGCUAGACUGAAAGCCCGUCUACCUAGUUCAAUAAACACACAGGGUAAUCACUAAUCAUUGUAAGCAAGUCCAAAUUACUUCUCAAUUAUUGAUGACAUUGACUUUAAUGUAACCCAUGUUGUACUUGGGGAAGAACAUGUAAUUAAUACCGGUGAAAUAAGCAAAGUUAGGUCGCAUUACUUGA